AUGUUCAAAUUUGUAGCUUCCGACGGAAGUGGCUCCGUCAAGAGGCAACAAGCACAAAAAGCAUGCGAAUCCUGUCGGAAGCGAAAGAAACGCUGUAAUCAUACCAUAGAUGGCAAACCACCAUCGCCAAAUUCCUCACCUGCACAAGCAUCCACCCAAGAUCACUUCGAUGACCGGUUUUCCCAAGGGGCCGUCAAGCAACACAAUACGAGUAACCUUUCUCGUCCCACAGAUGCAGAAUACCCAACGACAGCAUCUCUUGAGCAUCCAGAUCUCAUUUCUUCUGAUGCGUCAAAUCUAGCUAGUACUGAUCAAGACCUUGAAGCUGCCAGGAUAUUGAGCGGAGGUACUCAUAUUCGAACCAACACGUCUCAAAGCCAAAAAGCUCCUCCCAGCCAAUCCCGAUUUAUUGGAGACUUAAAUCCAGAAUCAAUUUUCAUAGCUGCUACCAGUCCAGAUGCAAUUCGUGGUGUAUUACCGAACAGCGUCGGGGUAUUCCUCUCCUCAUCACUUGGGAAAAGAUCUUUUCAUUCCUCAAAUAUACAACAAACAAGCUCAAAUUUAUUUUAUGGAUCUCCACCCUUGAUUCGUGAUGUUUUAGUACCUCUCAUGGAACAAGAGUGUCUGUCAACCAUGCCACCUAUACCUCAUCUUGGAGUGCUAUCCUGUAUAUACUUCGAGAAGAUUAAUCCUAUUUUCCCCAUCAUCAAUGAGGCCAAAUACUACAAUCUACCACCUUCAGACCCCGCUCGAAUUCUUCUGGAACAAGCUGUUUGCUUGGCAGCUUCCAAGAAUUUCUCUGCUGCAAAGCAUCUAGUCCUUGAUGAAACAAACUCGCCCAUGUCCUGCCGAGCUUUCGGUGAAAAAAUAUCCGGAGCAAUGAGGUUAAUCAUGGAACUCGGUAUUGUAACCGACAAACUCAUAUUGAUUCAAGCUCUCUGUCUCCUCUCGCUAUUCACCGACAACUCUAGCACUGACGAUAUCGCAUCUCAAUUUUCUGGAAAGGCUGCUCAUUACCUGCAGGGUAUGGGAUUACAUCUUGAAGGCCAACAGGAAGAUGCAAGUACGAAGCUUCUGUGCUGUGUAUAUGCACUGGAUCGAAUGAAUGCUGCGUUUCAUGGACGUCCUGUUUUAAUGCAUGAACGAGAUUUGCGGAAAGAUCUCCACCAAUGCUUCAAACAACAGGAACCUCCUUUCCGUCUUUUCUUGCAGGUCAUAUUGUUGCUAGAAAGUGUUAUCGAGAUCUAUCGACCACUUAACCAAUCGAAAGAUGUCGGUAUGGAUGUGAUAUUUCCUUCUUUCGAAGAAUUGGUAUCAGAGUUCGGAGCGGCACAAAUUGGUACUGCCUCCCUUGCAACAAUCGAGGUUUUUUACCAUAGCAUCUCCAUCAUUUCCCAUCGAUCUCAUAUCUGGGCCGAGCCCAACCGAUCUUCGGCGUCUUAUCUCCGUCAAUCUCUCUCAACUAGCAUUCUCUCUUUUACCACCCCUCAUGAACUCCAAGACCAACUCGUUUUGUUUCCUUUUGUCCCAUAUGCUAUUUCUCUCUCCCUGAGCAUUGCAUAUCGAGAAAUGCGCCACAACAAGCUACCCGCCCACCGAAUGCGCGCCCGAGGCCAGUUUCAAGCAAGUUGUAGGCUUUUGGAAGGACUUGAGGGUAAAUAUUGGACUGCAGCCAAUGCUGCAACUAUGGGGAAGAAGAUGCUUAGGGAGAUCGAUCGAGUAUUUUCUACUGUCUCAUCAGAUAGUGGACUUGCAGCACCACAGCAAGAUGUCAGUCCCAACGCCGAUAAGAGUUUAUCAAUAAAUGAUCACAACAUAUUAAUAACAAGUACUGGCAAUCAGCUGGUCGUGCCCACCGUUAUUAACACUCAAAUGGCCACCCCAUCCAUUGCUCCUAUCUAUGGUGGGCAAAUGCAACACUUCGAUCCGUCACUUUUUAACCUUAAUGCCACCGGAGAUAUAGACUUAUUUUCCAUGUUUGACCCUUCCUUCGACCUUGACGGUUUCGAUGCUUGUCUGGAAGGCAAUCUAAACCCCGGGCUUCCUACUCCUGCUACUUUUCCAUAA